AUCAGCCCGACGGGACGGGAGGGAGCACCCUCGGGGCGGGAAGACGAGCCCCCGGCGGCGCGUGACAGGGCGAAGCGAGGAGGUGCCAGGCCUUCCUGAUGAGAUGUGUCCUGCCCCAGAGGGCUCCGGGGGCAGUAUCUGGGGCCAUUGAUGCCCUCAGCCGAACUUUCCAGAAUGGAUAGUCCCCCCAAGCUGACAGGAGAAACCCUCAUCGUCCACCAUAUUCCCCUGGUGCAUUGCCAGGUUCCCGACAGGCAGUGCUGUGGGGGUGGAGGUGCGGGCAAUGGAAGUACAAGGACCAAUCCCUUCUGUCCACCUGAGUUGGGCCAUGCUGACAGAGACCUGACACAGGCUGACUCUCUGCUCUAUAGCAGAGUGCUCCCUGCCUCAGGGGGUGCUGUUGGGCCUGGGGAUGGUCCUAAAAGCAAGAGCCGGGAUGGGCGAGGUCCUGGAGUUCCAAAGCGGCACAACCCCUUCCUAAUGAAGGAGGGUGAGCCAGAAGACCCAUAUGGGGAUUGCGACAGUUCAACCCAGCAGUCCUUUCACCUACAUGGAAGCGGACAGCCCCCCUUCCAGCUGGCAUCACUUGGCCCCAGAACAGGGAAACCCUGGGGAGCCACAAACAGUCGAGCUGGAGUGGUAGAAGGACAGGAGCAGGAGCCUCUGAGCAGUUCAGAAGCACAGAAAUGCAGCCAUGGGCAUCACUGUCCCCCAGAACUGGAGGCAGAGACCAUGGAGCUAGAUGAGGGGGGUGGCCCUGGGGCCAGUGACAACUCUGGUUUUUCCUUCGACCAGGAGUGGAAACUUAGCUUAGAUGAGUCCCCAAGGAACCCAGGUGUCCGAGACUGUGGCUGUUCGGGCUCAGGAUCCCGACAUUGUCGUUGCAGCAGCACAUCCAGCCAAUCAGAGGUGGCCGACCAAUCCAUGGGCUAUGUUAGUGAUUCUUCCUGCAACAGCUCAGAUGGUGUGUUGGUCACCUUCAGUGCCCUCUACAACAAGAUGCAUGGUCACUCCCGUGCCAAUCUCAACUCUGCCCCCCUAUCCUGCAGCGACUCUUCCUUCUGUAGCCACUCAGAUCCUGGAGCCUUCUACCUGGACCUGCACCCUUCUCCAGCUGAGUCUAAGAUGUCCUGUGAGUCCCAUCACCCCGACAAUGGGGGUGGAGAUGAGGGCUGUGGCUGCCCUCACACCUCCUCCCCUGAGCUAGAUGCCAACUGCAACUCCUACCGCCCACACUGUGAGCCCUGCCCAGCUGCAGCUGACCUCACCGCCUGCUUCCAGAGCCAGGCCCGCCUUGUGGUGGCCACACAGAACUACUACAAACUUGUCACCUGUGACCUGUCUUCACAGUCCUCACCCAGUCCCGCUGGCUCCUCCAUCACCAGUUGUUCAGAGGAACACACGAAGGGCAGUCCUGGCCCAAUCUCAGGCCAGCCCACCGAGUACUACCUAUUCCAAAAGCCGGAGACCCAAACAGAGGAGCAAAAGGCCAAGAGUUCUCCAGCAGAAGUGGAAUCUGGGACAGGCCCAGAUUUGAUAGAGGGACAGGUAUACGUCAACGUGUCUCCUCCCAAUCUCAGCAGCGGACGCCAGCGUUCCCGUAGCUAUGACCGAAGUCUGGAACGAAGCCCCCCAAACCGGCUGGGCUCCCUGGAGCGCAUGCUGAGCUGCCCUGUUCGCCUGAGUGAGGGACCCUCCUCAUUGGCUGGGCCUGGCUCCCCACCCAGACGGGUCACCUCCUUUGCUGAACUGGCCAAGGGCCGAAAAAGAGGUGGAGGCUCAGGUUCACCUCCCCUGCGGUUGAGCACUGGUGACUCCUCCCUUGAGUUCUCACCCAUCCCUGAGGCCCAUCGGGAUGGGGCAGGCCCACUGGAUGAGGGUACUCGCUGUAGCCACAGCCUACCAUCUCUUCCCCUUGGGCUCUGCCUGGACCCCAGCAGCCUGGAAGCCCAAGCUGACCAGGGCUGCAGGGAUGGCCUUCAGCAGGGUCCCCAAUCCAGUGAGUUGCAACCCACCAGUUUUGGAGCUGCUGGGCAGGCACCCCUGGCUCUUUUGAUGGAGCCAAGUUCUCCUUUCCCAGUGAUCCCAGCCAGCAACCAUGCACAGAGGGAUAUAAGAGCUAGAGCUGACGGGGGCAGUACUGAAAAUCGGCCCAUCUUUCGCUACAGCAAGGAACAGAGACCAACUACCCUGCCCAUCCAGCCUUUCGUGUUCCAGCAUCAUUUCCCUAAACAGCUGCCCAAGGCCAGGGCCCUACAUAGUCUCUCCCAGCUCUACAGCCUCUCUGGCAGCAACCGUUCACAGCCACCUGUUGUGCUGGCCUCCACAUCCCAGGCCCCCUCAACACGGCCUCCUGCUCCUGCUCCCCGCACAGUGGAUGGAGCUGCCUCCCUCCCUGAAGAAAGUACCAGAAAGGCUGCACCUGACCCAGACACCUCUCGGCCAUCCCCUCUGGGAAGCUAUUCUCCCAUUCGAAGUUCAGGCCCCUUUGGGCCCAACACCGACUCUUCAUCUGCCUCCUGUUCUCCCCCUGAGCACACUGUGGAUGGCCCCCCACCACGAAGCCAUUCCUGCCCUGCCGCAGCCAACCUGAUCCCUGUCCGACAGGCCCUGAUGCCUGGCCCCGCUCACCAGCUGGAGGCCCCCGAGAGGCUACCACCAGAGCCCAGCCCACUGCUCUCUGAGUAUCGGCUCCAUGGGGCAGGCAACCUGUCCCACCUGGGUCCCACAGGACCUAGCCUGAGCCGAGCUGAGAGCCUAGCCCGGGGAGGUGGUGAGGGCAACAUUGCAUCCCGGCUUAGUAAUGCCAAUCACCUAUCCCCUCAAGCUCUCAAGUGGCGAGAAUAUAGGCGGAAGAACCCACUGGGGCCACCAGGUCUUGGGGGAAGCCUAGACCGGAGGCCACAAGAGACUCGACUGGCCCGGAGAAAUCCCAUCUUUGAGUUCCCUGGACCCCUCAGUGCUGCAGGUCACCUGCAUUGCCGCCUAAAUGGUCAAGCAGUGAAGCAGUUGCCAUUGAAUCAUACUGAUUUCUUCUCUGACCCCUUCUCCUUGGCUGAGAAGCCACCAGCUGAGUUCUGUCUCUCGCCGGAUGGCAACACAGAAGCUGUCUCCAUUGAUCUACUACAGAAGAAAGGACUAGUGAAGGAUGUCAACACUGCUGUGGACCUCAUUGUGGCACAUUUUGGAACCAGCAGGGAUCCUGGGGUUAAGGCCAAGCUGGGAAACAGCUCUGUAAGCCCCAAUGUGGGUCAUCUAGUGCUGAAAUACCUGUGUCCAGCUGUUCAGGCUGUGCUGGGCGAUGGACUCAAGGCCUUCGUGCUGGAUGUCAUCAUUGGGCAGCGCAAAAAUAUGCCCUGGAGUGUGGUUGAAGCUUCCACGCAACUUGGUCCAUCUACCAAGGUUCUACAUGGCCUCUACAACAAGAUCAGCCAGUUCCCAGAGCUCACCAGUCAUUCUAUGCGUUUCAAUGCCUUCAUUCUUGGCCUUCUCAACAUUCGUUCCCUGGAGUUCUGGUUCAAUCAUCUUUACAACCAUGAAGAUAUCAUUCAAGCCCAUUACCAGCCAUGGGGUUUCCUGAGUGCAGCUCACACUGUGUGCCCAGGACUGUUUGAAGAACUGCUGCUACUGCUGCAGCCUCUGGCACUGCUGCCCUUCAACUUGGACCUGCUGUUCCAACAUCGGCUCCUCCAGAAUGGCCGGCAGCAGCAACAGCAGAAGGAGCUGCUCCGAGUGUCCCAAGGACUGCUUCUCUCAGCCCACUCCACUCUGCAGCUGGCACGCUCCCGGGAACAGGAGGGCCAUGGGGGCACAGAUGGGGCAGCCCCGGGGGAGCGGGUGAAAGGGGUGGGUGCCCCAGCAGGAGGUGAAGAGGAAGAGAAGGUGGUGGCAACUAUAGCAGAGGUACAAGCAGGCACAGGACAGGGUGGGCGGGCACGAAGUGGGCAGGCUGGCUGGUGGUACCAGCUCAUGCAGAGCUCCCAAGUCUACAUUGAUGGCUCUGGGGAGGGCUUCAGAUUCCCCCGGAGUGGUGAGAAGAAGAAGGGAGCGGGGGGCUCCCAGGCCCCACCCCCCCGGGAAGGUGUGGUGGAAGGGGCUGAAGCCUGUCCCACUGGUGAGGAAGCCCCAAGCCGAGACAGGGGCUGGCCUUUCUGGAUGGGGAGCCCUCCAGACUCUGUGCUAGCCGAGCUGAGGCGAAGCCGGGAGAGGGAAGGACCUGUAGCCCCCCAGGGAGGCAGUGAGGAGGGGACCCAGGAGUCCACUACCGGAGGUAUCAAGUGGGGACACCUGUUUGGCUCCCGGAAGACCCAGAGAGAGGCUCGACCACUCAAUAGGCUGCCCUCAGACUGGCUAAGCCUAGACAAGUCAGUGUUCCAGCUGGUGGCGCAGACAGUGGGCGCUCGCCGAGAGUCAGAGUCCAGGGAAGGCCCUGAGGAACCACCUGCCCUGGACCUGCCCCCGAACCUGCCCUGCGAGGUGCAAGCACUCUGCCACCACUUGGCCACAGGGCCUGGGCAACUGAGCUUCUGCAAGGGGGACAUCCUGCGGGUGCUGGGACCUGCUGGGGGUGAUUGGCUUAGGUGUGGCAGAGGCUCUGACACUGGCCUGGUGCCCCUAGCCUAUGUGACACCGACCCCCACCCCAACCCCUACCCCCAGGGGCACCCAAGAUUAAGGCCCUUGUGCAUGCUGGAGCCCACCAGGCACCUUCACUUUCCCUAGGGACUCAGAGCCCAGGAUGGGGCACAGACUUGGCUCCCUUAACCCCCAGGAUCCAUUAGCCUGAAGGGCCAUGUCUGUGUACCCAUGCCUGCCCUCCCCAUAUGCUCUGUAUUCAUUAAUCCCUCAUAAUCUGUCCCCAUGACCCUGGCCCAGACCACCCACCCCCAGGGAAGAAAGAGGACUAGGCCCUGGGAUGCCAGGACUUCAACUCCUGCCCCAUCUUCUAGCGGGAAGAUGCCCAGCUGUGAGGCUAGGGUACAAAGAGAGGGGUUGUGGAGGGGCCCAGGGGGCACUCUGGGCUGGUCAGUGCUGUGGAGAGGGGGGAGUAACAGUAUUGGGGCUGGCCCCUCCCAGCCCCCCCCAGCUGUAAAUAGGCUGCUGCCAACACCCUGGCCAUAUGGGGGAGGGCCCAGGCCAAUGUUUAUUUAUUUAUUUAUUAUGCAUAUUAAUAAAAAAGGUGCUCAGCCUC